GUCUGGCUACGUCAGCGUGUCGGCAGGAGAAGAGGCGUUGGAGGAGAGUUUCACCCUCUUGUCAUUCCCAGUGGAAGAGAAGAAGAAGAAGAGGGUGUGAUCGACGCUUACCUGUUCAGUAUCACCUGGGGCUUUUGUUGUACAUGUCGAACGUCGAGUUUUUUCCGCUGUAGGACUUUGAACCCUGGCUUCACUGAAGAGUAAGACGGAGAAAGCAUUAAAGGUUAGUCUUUGUCGGGAUCAAAUCGCUGGAAAAAGCUUGUUUCUGUCCAUCCAGGAGCUCACAAAUGUUAGCUUAACAACGUCAGUGACACCGACUGACCCAAACAGCCUACGGUGUUAUCUAAAAGGAUAUCAGCGCUGACAUUACGAGACGUUAUUUAUUAUAUUAACGCUGUCUCAAGCUAAUAAAUAAUGGGCAGAAAUGUUUAGGAAGCCAAGGUUACAGGAAGUCAUAGGUAGGCUAUGGAAGUUUGGGUUGUUAGCUAGCGUUACUUACAGGCGCCACUUUGCAACAGGUUUCCCAGCAUGCUUCAUUAAACAGUCACUCUUUAUGUAGAAGUCUCUAUCUGCUUUAUACUUUAACAAAUACAGUAGUAAUUUUUGUAAUUUCUGUGCAAUAGUGUCAGUUUUUCAGCAAAGUUUAAGUGCGUUAUUUUCAAUUUAGUCAUACAGGAGCAGCGUUCUUAUUUUGUAUUAUUUACUAUACACGCUCUGUAUUACUGUUCUAACUGCCUAUGCCACUGGCCUAUGCCUUUACAGUACACUGACCUGCAGUCACAUUAUGAACACCUGAGCAAUCCAGUACAACCCAAUUUUACAGCUUUACAAAAAUACAUCUACUUUGGUGAAGCUUCUAAAGUUAAUUUUUUUUCGUUGACAUUAUCAAACAGGUGAUACUUGUUAUUAAAAUUAGUUGUUGGAGUUAUAGUGAGUGUUUGUUGUGUGCUUGAGUAGUGCAUCUAGUGGAGAAGUGUCCCUAUAAUUCUUCUACCCUCAUGCUUGUGAUGUAAUGUAGUGGACAAACUAUAAAGAACACCUCUCAACACAACACAUUAAAAUACACCACCACUACCCAUAGCAUCUUUAAUGAUCAUGUAUCUAUAUGAAUAUGUCUGCAUUUCUGAAAAUAGUUUAAUUUGUGGCAAAGCUGUUGUAUGGGAUUGCGUAAGUUUGCCCAGGUGCUCAUUAUGUUAUGCCUGUUUGGUUUAUAUGUAAGCACUGUGCACAUGUGUUCAACAUAUGAAUAUAUAUGUUAUACUAAAAAGCUAUGAUAGCUUCCUUAUACAGCAGAAUUUUUUUUUUUCUCACCUGUACAAUGAUAGCAAACUACAUUCCAUCUUUAAUGUUGAUACCAAACCUUUCUGACUCACCAAUACCAAUAACAUAUUUAGGGUGUCUACUUAAAUCUCAAUAGAAAUACACAGCAAGACCAGAAUUAGUUGUAUGAACAGAUCUAACUGAUGACUUCCUCUCAGUAAUCUCCACUGUAACACAUGUUUUCUCAACAACUGCUUUAUUUAGGAGAUCUUUUAUAGUGUCAGACAAAGGUAAUGCAUUCAGAUGAUGCUCCUGGAUGCCACUUUAAACACCUGACUUAGAAGUCUUCCUGAUCAGAUUUGUCUUGUAAUUGUAUUCUUGUCUUCCCAGGAUGCAAAGAGAAUCCUGACUCGUGGCCCCAAUAUGAGUGUAACAUCAUGGUUCCUGGUCAGCAGCUCUGGCACACGCCAUCGGUUGCCCCGGGAGAUGAUCUUUGUCGGCCGGGAUGAUUGCGAGCUAAUGCUGCAGGUGUGUGACUCUGUUUGUUUAGCAGCACAGCUGAAAGGGAGUGUGUGUUUGCACUCAGUCUCGUGUCAUAUGAGCUCACUGUGAUGUGUCAAAAAUGCUCAGGAGGCUCUUUACCCCUCGCUGAUGUCUGACAGCACAGCUUUUUCCAUAAAUGUGUGAAACAGCAGUGGGAGGCUCCCUGUGUGCUUUAUGUGUGCGUUUCUGAGUGUGUAACCCAGUGACAGUGCCUCCACACAAAGUUGCCCCUGACAGCCUUUCAAACAAUGAGUUAAAACACCGCUAAAGCAUUCCACUGUGCAGUCAUCUCAUUCACUUUCUGCCAUAAACACAAUUUCUCUGUGGUCUUUGUAUAAGCCUCUCCAACCCAUCUUCUGCUCACUCUGUAUUUAGACCAGUGAAAUAGGAAUGUUGUCUCACUAAAAAGUAGCUGUUUAUACUUUCUGUAGCCAGUGCUUUCUGCUCAGAAAAGUCAACCACAGAGGCUGGUUGGAUUUAAAAUUUGCUCAUGUCCACAUUUAGGCGUCGCCGGAUCCAGGAAAAAAAACCUCAGCUUCUCCCUGUCUGAAGUGACACAGACUUGCCUUGCCCGAGUGCUCAGGACUUCUCCCUGACUUGGCACAGGCAAUUUUCCUUGGCUCAAUCUUAACUCAAACCCCUUAAUCUUUUGUGUUUCUGUUUGUAGUUCAGUGCAUUUUUUCCCUCUUUAGGCUAUGGUCAAAUGUAUGUAACGUGAGAAUCCUGUUUGGCAUGAAAAGCAGGGUUGGACUGUAAGAGUGGAUACUCCAAAUGGCAUAGUAGAGGCCCUGAAUGUUUGGACUUUCUAUGACAACUGGUCUCUGAUCAGCAUCUGUGUAUUAACGACCAGAAGCCUUUUACAAUAGUUGUGCACGCCUCUUGUGUUGUUCAGGAUAGCAGGUUUUAUUUCCAAGAAUAACCAAAAGAAGCAAACUUUAAUUUACAAUAGAGGGACAAGUUGAAUCAAAGUCCUAAAGAGAUGACGUUUGGCUGCAUGGUUUUCCUAACCAUGUAAACUCACCGUAAGAAGUAAAGUCUGUUUAGCGAAUAGCAAAACUCAAACUGUGCAUGUUUACGCUGCUCUAGAUGAUGAGGAAGCAUUUAUGACAAGCUUGUAAAUGGACCAUUCAAAGACUGGAGUUCAAGUCAGCUUCAAUCCUUGGUAAUUGUUGUGAUGAGGGGGCCCAGAGUGACUAAUGAGCAUAGCAAAGAGAGAGUGAGUCAGUCUGCAUCACGUGUACGAUUUGCACCUAACUGAUGAAAGCAUGAGAAGAAGUCAGCACAUUUUUCCUACAGGGAUUAUGCCCAAGGACCUGAGCUAUAAAGCUAAAUUUAGCAAAAGAUGAACACCUAUUGGUAUCAUAUUUAAGUUUUUUAAAUUUAUACUUAUGCAGGAGGGCUCCACAAUAAACUGCUGUUUUCAUUAUUACUGCAGUACAAGCAUAGCAAGAGCCUGAAUUUAUUGCAAUUAGUAAUAAUAAUAAUUAAAAAAAGUACAAAGUAAAGCUUUUUCACUCAGUAUGUAUCCAUUUUACUUGAUGGGUGGAAAACUGGGUGUACUGCCUCUGCUCUCAUGUUCCAAUCUUUUCGAGGGUACAAAUAACAUUUAUUUUCCUGUGCUUUAUCAGAAAGUCAACUCAAGAAGCAUAUAAGGAAACCUUGUCAAAAUCCAAACAUAAGUCUACUUUUAUAUUAAACCAAAACUGUUGCAGUAAAACCUUAAAUGUCAAGAUCAGAGUAGCAUAUCAUUCAGUGUUUUCUUUGUAAAAUUUCAGUCAUCUCUCAAAAGAAGUGCCCCCGAUGAUCGGCUCUAAUGAUGUUUGCUUGUCUAUUGCAGUCUCGCAGUGUGGACAAACAGCACGCCGUGAUCAACUACGACUCAAACAGAGACGAGCACAUGGUGAAGGACCUGGGCAGCUUGAACGGGGUGAGCAAGUCCAUCUCCAAUGUCGGCCUAACGGCCUCAGACCAGAGUGACAAAGGAGCCAGACUCGGGCUCCAUAGAGACCCAAGUCCGUAACAGUUCUCAGAGCACCAGAUACCUCUGUCUGUGUGCCAGAGACGGCGACGGUUGGAGGAACAGUGGUUAUCAGGAGGCUGGAUUUCCCUGCUGGUCUGGACCCCCUUUUCACCAUACAGCCUCCCUCCCCCUUCCUCUCUGAGUUGCCACUUCAUUUCACUAUUAUCCCAGUAAAUCUAGAGUUGAGCAGGAGGAGAAACCCCUCAUUGUUCUCAGGGAGUGUUUCUUUUGGCUUCAGUAACCGCAGCCAAACGAAUCAGAGCAGAACAGUGUAAGGUCUUGUAACAGAAAUCCACGUUUUCCUCUAUAAAUAUCUUCAUGUAGGCUAUUUCAAUUUAGAAUUUCUCAUCUAGUGUUAUCUUUCAUAACAUUUACAUUAUUGAUCUGAUGACAAACUGAUCCACCAGUUGUGAGUUUAGGCAGAGGAAAGGUUUAUUGAUUACAAACACACACAAAAACUUGAUGUUUGUUCUUCUACUUGUCCUCACGAAUUCGACAAAAGCCAAAGAGAUUGUUGCGUAACAACCUAAUCUCAUCAGAGUUUCAAUGUGCUGGUGGAUUUACUUUGAAUGGGAAAAGGGUCAUUUGCAAAGCACCUUACAGUACCUGGGCACAUGCCACAAGGAAUUAGAGAGUCUGUGGCCUGUGAGUUAACACAUUCACUUCAUUAAUCAUCUGAGAAAUUUCAAGAGCUGAUUGUUGUUUUUGUUGUUAUUUUGCAGACAUUUGUGAACGAUUUAAGAAUCCCGGACCAGACGUACAUCACCCUCAAGCUCUCUGACGUCAUUCGCUUUGGCUACGAUAUCCUUUCCUUAUAUUAUUCCUAGAAGUGUAAGUCUCAUAUUUGACUUAAGCACUGAAAGUGUGACUGCAGAGUAUCUAUUCUUCAGAGCCGUUUCAGAGAGCCGUUGGUAAACCACUGUAGAUGUCUUCCACUUGAUUUUUCUCUCUGUGGCCUUCAGCUCUAUCGGCAUGUUAAUCCCCUUUGGUUUUUCAGUCAGGAGUUUUAGAUUAUGGAUGACCGUGGACUGAAAAUCUCCCGCACCCUUUGACCCCAGAUAGGAAAACUCCUGAAUGGUAAAACUUAGUUAAGAUAUCAUGGUGGGAGCGAGAGUUGUUCAUUCUGACUGUACGUUUUUGACAGAAAAAAAUCAUAUUUCAAGUAGUGAACGCUGAAGAAAAGAGGUUGUUUAAGGUUGCAGCCCUGCUUAUCUGUACGCAAGCAGCAGGAAAAGUCCCUUUUGACCUGCCGAGGAGAUGAUGUAAAAACUAGGCAUGGGUGUAAAUGUCGUUAGAGUCCCCGCACGUGAAGCAGUGAAUAUAAAAACAAGUGUUAUCAAAAUGUUUUACCGAGUCAUGCUCAGGUCUGUUUACUUUAACUCCUCCUGCACAUGCUCAUGUUUAUAUCCUGGAGAGAAGUCAACACAAGGUACCGGAGGAAGCUCUCAAAGUAAGUCACUCUAGCUGUGUUUCAUGGGAUACGAGUGAGGACAUAUUUGCAAUGAAUCCUCUAUAAUGAUUCUAUGCUAUUUUUCAUUGUGAAUUAUUAUUUUGUUGAUUAUUCUGCAUGAAAUUACAAUUAUAAUUGAUAUCAAAAUAUAUGGCUAACUUACUUUUAAGCCUUUUCUGUUGAGCUGAUGGACUAUUAAAAGUUGCUUGUAAGGAUUUGAAGUGGGGUAAUGAAAUGUGGUGUCAACUCUUGGUGACCUUAUGGGACCUUUUCUAGUCUGGUCCUUGUUCCAGACAGUUGUUACUCCCCUGGAUCAGCUCUUCAGCUUUAAAACUAAUUGGAUAAGACGUGGUAGAGAGCAGACUCAGCUCUUUUUUUAUCACCUUUACACAAUAUCUGUUACAUUUCAAAUGUUUUAAUGCUUUUCUGCAUCCUCCUUGAAAUCUGUCAUUUUAAUAAUUUUCCACAUGGAUCCUCCUGGUUCGUUUUAGGAACCAUAGCCACCUGUUGCCUCCCGCUAAAAUGAACAUCUCCACCAAAAAUGUUGCAGAGAAUCAUAAACAGAGAGUCUGUCUACAUACAUUGAGCUUUCUUAUGAUUUUUUCAUGUAAAAGAUUGUUUUCUAAGUUCUAUGUACUGUGCAGAGAGCCCUGUAGGAUGUUACUUGUACUGUAUAGUGAAUGUGUGAUGGCAGUCACAGCUGUACUGAUUGUUGGUUAUCACAUCCUGCUUCCCUCCUGUCUGUUCUCCCACAGCAUGAGAAGUACACCAGCCAGUUACAGCUUGGUAUAAAAGCCCUGGAGGCCAAAGUCAAGGAAAAGCAGCAAAGCUCGGAGAAGAGUAAAGGCUCUGUCACCAACGCAAAACAGCAGGACAGAGCUGAGCGGAAAGCUCAGUCUCUAACAGGUAAACCUCAUUUUUAUCACAGUGGAUCAUAUUAGAAGCAAUGCUGCUGGUUUGAUAAUAGGUUCAUUGUUCUUGUUACCUGUGAGGAACUGUUUGAACUAAAAUCCAUUUGGAUAUCAUGUUCACACGCACAAGGAAGAGGAAGUCUAUAUAUCUCAUUCUCCCCACUGUGUGACUGAGGCCAUAGAUCUCCUGAUAAGGCAGUCAUGGCUUCUUUCAUUAGGAGCUUCCCUGGUGUGAGAUUAGGCUUAGCUGGGCGGCUGAGACGAGUGUAAGUAAAGAAAUAGCUCUGCACAUCCCGGAGUUGGCAGAACGAGUAAACAUGAGCAGAGCUCACCAGACGAGCCGAGGGGUGAAGAGUUAAAGAAGCAGUCUUAUCUCUGUCAGCCAUGCCCGAGGUGGGGUGCUGCCAAACACAGCGACCGUGGUUGAACACAUGUAGUUAAAGACUGUCAGGUAUCAAAGCUUUUGGUUGCUGAGAUGGCUUUUCAGGAUCAGUGGCUUUUAUUUACAGUUGCAGUAAUAACCUUUCAGCCUUGAACUGUGUUGAGCAGAUCCUCUUGUACGGUAGAUAAUACAGUGAAAGAGUCAGAGAAUCGUUAGUUCAAGAGCAGCGCUUUGUGAAUGAAGCUCAUUCACGCUGACAAAACUCAUUCCAGCUGUUGUUGAUUUAGCAAUUCUCGAGCUUUCAGCUCCACAAUCGCCCCUGUGAGUACCGAGGGAAAAACUACAACUGGUGCUUAAAAUAGGACUUUUCCAGCACAGCCUUCACAUCCUGCUGAGGACCCGCAGACAAGUAACUGAACUGCAGAACUUUAGGAAUAAAGAAGAGGUCUCUUAAGAUGAUCUUUGAAGUGUUUUUUCUCACAAGCAGCUAUUGGCUAACCACUGUGAUCUUGUAAACCUGUGACUGCACACCAUUGUGUAAAGUUUGUUCACUGAAGCCAUGUUUACAAGCCGGAGCCAUGCAGCUACUGCCUGCAGCAUUUUGUAUUAGUGUGACCCAGUCCACUAGUGAAAUUACUCAAGUGUCCUGGGCUUUCUCUCUACAUGAACAAAGCUGCACAACCAGCCUGAGCCUGCGUGCCUCUUUUGACUUCAUUCAAAUCGAUUCACUUUGAAUUUGUUUGCAGUUUCUGUCCUUUUUAAACCUAUCUCUGAAAUGUUCUCACUGACAGGGCUAAGGGAGCUGUGUUUAUCUCUUCUGUGUGUUCACGCUUGUUUUUCCCUGCAGCUGUACAGGAUGUGUAGUGUGCACAAUCCUCCAGCUGUGUGCAAGGCAGGACACUUAUAACUUGUACAGUGAAUGACUCAGUAAAACCUACUUUCCCCUGCCAGGACCUGGAGCUAUCUACUAUUUACUAAGAGGGUAUGAAAUGGAUGGUUCACAGGUUUCCGGCUACAGCGCAUAUCAGCACCUUUUGAUUUGAAAUGCCCUGGGGCUUGCUUUUAUAAAACCUCUCUCUCCUGUGGUUUCUUACUUAUGUUUCCAAAGUAAAUAGUCCAGCUGCGUUUGGUCGUUUUAAGACAAUAAGAAUCCAACUUCAGCCGCAGAGAGAGUUGUGUUGUUGUUUCAAACUUAUAAAAGCUCACGUGAGGCAACUUAUUAAGACCAACAUGGAAAAGUUAUGAAAAUUUGCAUAGCAUACUUUUGUUUAUAUAAGUUCCUCUGGUGAACCACCUUAACUGUCGUCUUUUAGUGUCUUUUAAAAAAAAUGUAGAAAGUUUUAUUUUGAUGCAUCCUUGACCCUUAAAUCUAUACCAAGAGUGUUUUAAUUUUGGUGUGUCUCUUCUUCACUCUCUCUUGUUCUUUUGGUUGCGUUUGCCCGUGAUAAAGAAAUAACUUGAGGAGAAUUUAUUGUUGUGCUUGGUGUAGUACAGGAGUGAGUGACAUUCUCUAGCCAAAAGGGGAGAAUUGGGUAAUAGGAAAGGAAUUACUAACAUGCCAUUUUGCUUCUCUGGUCACUGUGUUGAUGUCUUAUUGUGCGUGUCCAAGGCAACAGUGGUGAAGGGCUGUUGAUGUUUUGGAUUUUAACAUAGAGGCAUCAUGACUCUGAAAGCUUUUGUAGCUUAUGCAUCAGGCCGAUAAUCAUCAUCUAGAUUAUCUGAUUAGUGCCAUAUAGGCUGUCUGGCUUGGUUGGGCUGGCAACCCAGCUGCUAAAAACUAGUUUAGACAACCACACUCAUUUCAUAAAAAAAGGGUCAAUAUAAAUAUCUAUACAUGUGAAAUGUCAACUGUAACACUGCCUUAUUUUAGUUCCUGCCUAUUUCCCAUAUCCUGUCUGUUAUGUUUAUAUUUUUUGCUUCAAAGAUUAGGAUUAGCUUUGUCCUGAUUUAUAUGUGGAGGAUUAUGUUUUGGGUCUCUUGCGUGAUGCCGUCCACAGUGUGCCCCUCACCCCCGUCCCUAUGUUACAGGAAUGUGCAGGAAUAGUUAAAAGUCCAAAGCCUACCAGAGGUGUAACCCAAGGCUCUAUUGAGCUACAAUAUUGUGCAACAAUUUGUUGUUGCGAGACCAAAGCUUGACACAACAUCAUGUAAUCAUGUGACUUCCAUAUACUUACAGUCGUAUUCAUCAAGGGGGGGCUGUAUAAAUCCAGCUCUUACUUGGCACUUUCUUCUUUGCUCCCAUUGCUUUCUACACUUAGGUAUUCCCAUGUUUCUAACAGUGUUUGGUUGUCUGUGUUUGAGCCUGUGUUUGUGUGUCUGUCUGUUAGGUGUUGCAGAUUCUCCGAUAUCCAAGCCGACCCCUCUCUAUGGCCAGCCAUCGUGGUGGGGAGAGGAUGAGGACCCAACCAACAAAGAGAAGAACAGAGGGGGAAAAUCACCAGAGCAUGGGUCUCCAGGUUAGAGAAAAGUCACAAAUAUAAUAAUCAUAAUAAUACUUCAGUGUUUUUACGUUUAACAGGAUUUUUGAUUUCAUUCUAGAGAGUAAGUUCAGAUCUUCUCUCAGCUGUCACUUAGAUCCUUAUUGAUAGUGACAUAUUUUUCUGUGUCACUGCUAUCUGAUGCUCUUCAUGGGUCACUGAGAGAUGGAUGAUAUUGAGCUCAAGGCAGGUCUCUAACCACCAGUUGUGGACUGUUAGCUAGGCUUUACCAUGGCAAGCCGUGGGGCAGUGCCUGUCUGCCUCGUGAUGGAUUAUGUCUCUCAAAGCUGCUGCGGGGGGGAGGGAGGGAGGGCGGGCGGGCGAUUGUUUUCCUCAUGUCGCCCGGGCUGAAACAGAUUAUUCCCGCUUAGCUACCCUCCUCUGGACUCUGAGCUCCUGGAGAGAUAUUUGGCCACAUCCAGCUGGCACCCAGGGACAAACUGGGGGAAUAGUUUUGUCGCUGUCGUAUGAGCGUUUACACUAUUUAUGUAACAGUGAAAUCCCAGUCAUCUCAAUUAGAUGCUUUAGUCUUGUCAGUCUUUUUCUGGACUGUGAACUUCAGAGAAGGAAUAUAGAAAAAAGGGCAAAUGAUUAUCUGUUUGUGGAGGACCGUGUGAAGAACAACCACUAAUGCUUGUUGUCUCUGUGUGUUUGCUCUCCUCUCACUCUUCACUGCUUACAGAGCACGCUAAAGACAUGUCCCGAUAUGAGGUCAACGGCUCUCUGUCUGACACUCAGGCCAAGUCGAUCCUCUCCUACCGCCGAGAGCCCAGCUACUUUGAGAUCCCAACAAAGGAACUGCAGCAGCGACCCAACAAGGUUCAUGAGGUUCCCACAAAGGACACUCCAGAUCCCACUUACUGCGUCCCCUCCACUCCCACACCUCCCGUGGUCCAAAGCCACGCAUCUUUCACCAUCGAAUUUGACGAAUGCACACCGGGCAAAAUGAAAAUCAAGGACCAUGUGACCAAGUUUUCUUUCCGCCAGCCACCCAAUCUCCCACCCCCUGAGGCUGUCACAACACCUACUGAGGUGAUGUCAGCAGAGAGUAAAGUUGCGGAUUGGUUGGUUCAAAGCAAUGCCAGCAUGAUGAGGAGGAGGUCACAGGCUGAGGACAUGUACAGCUCAAACAGUGACCCGUUACUUCAUGGUACCAGAGGUGAGUCUAUCAUGCAGAUUCUGUCCUGGCUUUGACUGCAUGAAUGAGCUCCUUCUCAAGCUACCUUGUUUUCUUUUUUCUGUUAGCAGCGAAGUCUGAUCAUGACACUCACAGCGAUUCCGGAGAUCCUGCAGUGAAUGGAACUGAUUUCCUACAAUCAGAACUUCAGACUGGGUCGCAGGUGUCCCCCCAACCUCUGAGAGCCUCACUUCAGCACUAUGGCACCUCUGACCCUAAGGACCUCUCAUCCUCAUCUCCACCAGAGUUCCAAUCCCUUCCCGUUCAAGGCAAAGCCGAGCCUCAUCAAGCUUUUGUCAUUGAGUUCUUCGAUGAUAACCCAAGGAAGAAGCGAUCCCAGUCCUUCACCAAUAACAUCGCCCCUCCUGAGCCGUCAGCUCUCAGGGUCCAGCUGGAGAAGGGAAGGAAGAACCCAAGUCCCACAGGGGAGAGACGAGGCCAACCCCGGAUUCCCAACACUCCCCCAACCCAAAAAUACACAGUCCCCCUAAAGGGCCCAGCUUCUUCAGGCCCCCAAAGAGCCGGCUCUCUUCGCAGGGAGAAAACAGAAGACCGGAUCAGCACCAGUUUUUCCUCUCGGUCCUCAUCAUCUGUGUCCGUACGGCCUUUUGGCAGUGCAGGCCGUAGAUCUAAAAUUUCUCAGGACUUCACUGCUGAACUGUUAAAACAGACAAAGGCGUACUCUUCUGCCACGUGGGAGAAAAACGUUUCUAAUCCCCCUGCAGUAGCUAAGAAAGAGACAGCUAAAACUGAACCAGUACUCUCCCAGUCGAGCCCCCCUGCGUCUUAUCAGCCUCAGACCUCUUCCCCUAUACGUCAGCCUGUUCCCCUCAAGCCCCCUGUAAUGCCCCCGGCAUCUCAGAGUCUGGAGGUGAAAAGCCCCCUAAACAGCCCCAGACACGAGGAUGACGACUGUCUAAGUGAUGCUGGAACUUACACCAUCGAAGCAGAUGCUCAAGAUAGAGAGAUAGAGGAGGCUCGGAAAAAGAUCAGCCAGGCAAGUCUCCUUUUCCUAUCUAUAUCAUCACACGGGACAAUGACACAGCUAAUAAUCACUGUACAGAGGAAACAAGUCGACUGUGAAAUUUUCUCCAAUACCAGGAGAAAGAGCGAGCCGAUUUCAUUGACAUCAGCCGUCCAAAUUCCUCAUGCACUUGCACUGCUCUGUUCCUAACAGGUAUUUGGUGUAUUUGAGAACCCAGAGCCAGCCAACAAGAGUGAAGCAGAAACAUCAUCCACAGUUAGGCCUGUAAUUGCUGAGAGCAGUGUGCAGCAUAGGCAGAGUAGCUGUGGGGAGGUGAGGCCAGCUCAAGGGCAGGGACAGAGUCUGGUGGAGGUAAACCCUUCCUGCUCAGGUUGGGGUGGAAGAUUGGUGCAAAUAAUAAUCACUAAUUCAGAAGUCGAAUUGAUUAAUGUCAGUUAACCUCAAAGUUUAACCUUAUUAUUAGUGUGCCUUGCUCUCUUGAUUCUCCUUUUUGGGAUUUCUUUUCUCUGUUAAAAAUUCUCUCAGUCACAUUCUAGGUUUUGCUAAUCUGUCCCUGCAGGUUCUGGGAUCUUUCCUAUGUUGGGUUUCUUUCUAACUAAACAUUUAGAAAAUCUCAGUGUUUUUUACAAUACUUCUUUUCCUAGAUGCUGAAUCAUAAAACAGAUUGAUGUGCGGUAUCUAGUCUAUCUUGUCGAAUUAGCUUUUUCCGACCAAGACUAUCUUUGUUAAAGAUUUAACCCCCCUUUCAGACUUUUUCACCUCCGUUUUCUUUUGGGGGAGAUUUUGAUAAGUCGUGUUUUAUCUCAUGCAGGGUCAGCCAGCAGGUGGAGUGUUACAAGGGACUCCUAAGUGGAUGUCUUGCUGGGCCAGCCUGGCAGACAGCUACACAGAAUCUGGCCCCUCGUCCGGCCUCUUUGACAUUCCUUCCCAGAUGGAGCUGUCAGGAGGGGGUAAGCCACCUGAUGAGACAUGAGUCUAUUUGAAAUGAUAAUGAGACACCCCAAUGAAUAUGAAUGAUGUCGAGUAUCAGUAUGUGUGGUUAAUAUGCAUUAAAACUGUUUCACUUCAGCGCGGGGCUCAAUAGUCCACAAGGCCACGUUCGCCCGACAACACAACAGCAGCACUGACUCCGAAAGAGCUCGGCGCAUCCUGCCCCCGGCGCCGCAGGGGGGAAAGACUGACAUGCCCACUCCCAGCAUUCAUGUUCACUAUGACCCGCAUUCGACGUUUGACGUAGAGGAGGACGGCACUGUGGUCCCCAGGUCUCAGGAUGGACUCCUCAGGUUAUCAGUGCAGGAUGAUGUUGAACCAGACAGCCUGAGUGACGCCAGCAGGUCCGACGACGGGUCCAUUGUAGAGCAAAGGAGGAGACCACUGUCGGACUCAGAAAAAAAGACAAGCGAGGACAAACCCAGACUCCCAGCCAAGUCCACAUCCUUCUACAUAGGUUCAAGGGAGGUUGUGUCAAAACCUGAGCAUUUAGGCACAAGAUCCAGCGCUUCUAGGGCAGAAAAGAAAGUAACUAAAACUUUUUCAACCGCCACCAUGACCAAAACAAAAAGUAACCAGGACUCUGGGAAAAUCAAACCUGUCAUGUCAGCCCCGUUCCUGGACCAGGAAAGACAGAGUCCGGAGUCUAAAGAGCGCACUGUAUCUCCAUUAAUCCGACAAGAGAGCUUCACCAAGGAGCGGCCCAGCAAUGCCAGGCUUCCCAACAUCUCCAGCAAGCCUGUUCAGAGAGACCCUGAACCUGAAUCAUUCCAGGGGGAAAGCAAUCAAGACACUCACUCCUUCCUCAAAGAGACGGAGGAUGUUCUGGCCGUCCUGGAGGCCAAACUCCAAUCGGGUCAGUCAGAAAAAACACCGUCUCCAAUACCUGACUCUUUUUCUGGUGAAUCUGACGUGGAUACCUCAAGCACAAUCAGCCAACAAAGCAAUAAGACACGACCAAACACACUAACGAAGAAGCCUUCUAUUACCGGCCUUCAUAGGGAGACUUCCUCUGCAAGUUUAGCUAGCCAGGACUCAAGCCAGCAGUCCACUCCCUUAAAUAAGCGUCGCACUCAGGGAUCAGACAUCAACAAUAAGACCGAGUCUGUUAGAAGACCAAUUGGACUGAGACGUAGUGUUGGUAAACGCGGCUCCACAGAUCUGAGUGAUGAUCCUCAGAGUUUACCGUACUCAGAUCAGGAGUCUUACAAUCACCAAACACGUAAAAAAUACACAAUUCCCCUUCAGAAAGAGGACGGGAAGACCUCCAGAGUGUCUCAGUCUCUGGCUCGUGCAAACAGCUUGUCCGCCCCAAGACCCACCAGAGCAUCCAUGCUCCGCCGGGCUCGCCUCGGAGACAUGUCAGACAACGAAGGCACAGAGACAGACAGGCUGUGCCAGGAGGCCGUCAAUGCCCAGUCGAAGCAACCCCAGGAAACCAAGAAACUCUCCAGGCUGGAUAUGCUAGCAAUGCCUCGGAGGAGAACAAGCUCCUUCAACACACCCAGUGACACUGAGGGCUUAUCCAGGACCCCUUCUCAGGGGCAGAAGGCCGUGGAGAGGCCACAGAAGGCAGCACUCAACAAGACACCAAUCACACGUGGACGUUCAAGUAGUGCCAAAUACGCCAGCAGCACCGCAAGUGAGUACAAAACAGACAGACCUACGAACAUGAGUUUGAAUGGAGUCAAUUAUUCCUACAUCCUGGUUCAGCUGUUUUCUCCUGUCUGAGUCAAACCCAGUAUUGAUGAUGAGACUGUGCCUGGAAGCACCUCAAGGUCUGUUUAUCAACCAGAGUGGUGAAUUGGUUUGAUUCCAUCAUGGUCUAGAAUUAAUAUUCUCUUCCAGCAAACAACUCACUGGGUUCUGUCCAUGAGCAGCUCUUUUGAUUCAAGCGUCAUUUAUGGGGUCGAUUCUCAAACACUAACAUGUUUUUUGACAGUGCAACGGCAAACGCAAGCACCCCUCUCAAACCCCUCUGUGUGAUCUUAAAAUCUGUCCCUCUGUGUUUUUCUUAUUCUGGAGCAAACUAAGUAAACUGUGAAGACGUAAUGCGGUGUUUGCACACAGGAAAUAGACUUAAUGAAACCAUGUCUAUUUCCAUCACUCAGAUACAAAGUACAUAAAGGAAACACUCCGACCAAGUACGAAUGGGACUGUUUCAUUCUCACACUGUCAAAAUAAUACUUGCAUUCAAACCAGAAUCACAAAUGAAGUGUGAUGUUGGAGAAAUGUGUGUGUAAAAGCAGAUCCUUCUUGUGUUAUUAGUCAACCCUAGCUGCUUUAUAUUGCAGCUUGGAUAAAAACUGCUAAAGAAGAAGUACAUGCAUCUCUACACACAGAAUCUUUAACUUACGUUUGUCAUUGCACUCUCUAAUUUAAAACAACCCCUACUCUACAUAAGCCUUUACAUAGAACUUCCUUCAUCUGGUGCUAAUAUAGAACAACAACAGUACAGUGUUCUCAGUUCUAACUGUGUGAAAUGAGCUGCUAUGCUGCGAAAGUUAAGUGCUCGUUUCAGUUUGUGUGUGAUUAUGAACCUUUAGAUGAAAUACAACCGCAGAAAUGAGCACUACCGCAGCAGCUUCUCUGUCUUCUCUGUUUUUUUGGUGAUAACAUCUUAAAUAUCUCAGAGGUCCUUUCUUGUAUUCUUUGAUGGUGUAUUUCUCUCUUUCCUUCUGUUUCUACCCUCCAACUCAAACCAAUUCACGACGCCAAGGCUCCAGGAGACGACAGAAAGGCUCUGACUAUGCCUCUACCUCAGAUGAAGAGUAUGAUUCAAACCAGAGCACUCCUAAACACAAACGCUCCCAACCUUCCCCAGCUCCCAACACCAUGAGAAAUCAGCCACGGCCUCAACCAGUGGUCGCUUUACGUCCCAAACCCCGACUCAGAGAUUCCGAGGACGAGAACCAGGAGGGGGAUACGUUCCACAGCUGGUCCAACCACAGCGCUGAGAUUGCACGGUGAGGAAGAAGGAGAGCCGAGGUCUUUUUGUGCAGUGCACCUGCUUCUAAUAUUCAAAGAUUAAAUGAUAAGGAAGCCAAUACAACCCUUAUUUCUACCUUAAAUGCUUUAUUUGAAUUUAGCUUAAAGUGCUCAAAAAUAUGAAGGAUUUCACUAUCAGCUGAUAUAAUGUACAUGGACAAACAGUUUUUAUUGUCUAUCUAACACCUGUUCCUAUCCAUCCAGGUUGAGUCAGGAUCUGGCAAAAGACUUGGCUAUCUUGGCCAGAGAGAUCCAUGAUGUGGCAGGUGAAGGUGAUCCACAAAACCCUGGAGUGGAGAGCAGCACACCAAGCUCCAAAGUCACGGCGCAUGAACAGGUACACUUCAGGGAGAAUGAGCCCCAGAGCCUUAAACAUUCAAGCAUUAGAUGUUAUUUUGUUUCAGAAUACAGUAGAGGUAAUCUUCCCUUUUUUUUUGUUUUCUUUUACUGAUAUGAUAUUUUGAUGCUAGAAGAACAAGUAUCCCUCAUAAUGUUUGCGGUAAUGUUUACUGCUCUGAAGCAAUCGUUUUUGUUUCUCCAGUCUUGAAGAUUUGAUUACAUAAGUUGCGUUACGUCUCCUGAGAUUAUGUCUCUCUCUUUUUUCUGUCUCAUACCAUGGCACUGAUUUUUAAAGUUUGAUUGCAUUGCAGCUGGUCCACCGUAUUCCAGAGGCUGGUUUAAACCACUGCAGAGUCCCACCUGGUUCUUCAUCUUCAAAGGAGCCUGACCAGAGCUCCGUCGACCAAAACUCAAAGGAGCGAAAAGAUGAGGUCUGACACUGCUUUUUAGCCGCCUCACUUUCAUCACUUUUGUAAAUUUUUACAGCAUUGUGAGAUUAUGAUUGUGUAUUUUUAUUUUUCGUCUCCAGCUCCUCGUGGACAACCUGAUGCUGAAUCCAGUGUCUCAGGUCAUCCUGGCCAUCAAGGAAAACACAGAGCAACUUGCUGACAAAAUAAAGUGAGAUGUUCAUCAAACACACCUUCAUGAACACCCAUUGUGCUCACCCUUAAUCUGGGAUUCAUGGAAAUUUAGACCGAUCCUGUCUGAUAACAAGACAGUACAGAGCCAAUAAUCUUAUUUGCGCAAUCGAUCUGAGUUAGUCAUCACAAAUACUUCAAGUCUGACUGACAACAGGACAAUAAUAGGACUGGGAUUUAAUGGAGAUGCAUCCAUUUAGCCUUUAAAACCUUUCUGUUUUGAGUCUAUUUAUUCUGCUAAAUCAUAGUUAAGAGCUUCUUGGACAUCUUCCAGACUACAUUAAAAAUGUUGUGGAUAAAAUGUAAGGAAAGGACGAUUGCUUCUUUUGUGAAAACCCACUUUUGAUAUUGGCUAUUUGCACACAGGGUACUGUUCCAGGACAGAAUGGAUAUCUGGCAAGACAUUGAGGCCAAGGUGAAUUCUGACAAUGAAGUUCCUGUCGUCAAAACCUCCAAUAAGGUUGGUGAAUGACGAUGUUAUUUAUCAAGUUAAUUAUAUGCCCAACAAAUGCUUUAAAUUUGAGCUAAUUUUAACAUGUUUUCCAGGAAAUCACAUCUAUCUUGAAAGAGCUCAGGAGAGUUCAACGGCAACUUGAAGGUGAUUCAGUCUAACCCACCCCCUAAAAAUGAACAGUACUUGAACUAUGAGUAGUAAUUAUGAUCAUCUAUACAAUCAGUUUAAAACUACAUGUCUUCUCUUUCCACAGUCAUUAACACAGUCAUGGAGCCGAGUGAGCAGCCAGAGGCAUCCAGAAAUUCAGCCUCGGCUCUGUCUUCCAGAGCCCUCUCCUCACGAGACUGGAGAGCCGCUCACUCUGCCCCAAAACGCGGUGGCGGCUCAAGACCUGGCGACAGUAUGAGGAGAGCAUUUGUGACGUCUGACGAUAUCAGACAGGGAUAUUUAGUCUGAGGUGGGACACAAACUCACAGGUUCCUCCUCCGCUGAACUUCUGCUGUAAACCCACAGAAACAGGUGUCGCAUUAUUGUGCACAAUGAAACCAAGAAGGGGGGAAGUGAUACACAGAACCGUGGCCUCCUCUGCAUCCAAACAUACACACUACUGCACUAUAAGCACUACACUCCUGCACAGCGGAGUAAGUCAGUGACGCCUGCACUAAAACACUCUUAAAGUAAGCUCAGUACGAGGCCUCUGCAUGUGAGGGGACGAUUUACAGAGGAAGGAGACGAAACCUCCCACACACCUCAUGCAGGCCUCCAAACUUAACUUGAUUUUCUUUGUUGAAGUCCACCUCUUUAUUUGCCAAUGACCUACAUAGCUAACAUAUAAAUCUCAUUUGAACACUUAGAUUGUUUGAAAACCAGCCCGAGCAAAAGCAUUUCAGGAAAAUCUACUUAUGAAAAGAUUUCUGUGUUACGUGACAAAUCAGAUCUGUGUUUUGGGUAAGAACUGUCGAUUUUAGAGCUCCAUGUACUUGUACAGCAAGUUCCCUGACCCUGACACAUUAGUUUUUAUGUGUUUGUGUUUGUUCACCACUUUCUCCUGGUGGACCAGAUUUAUCGAAGAAUGUAAAAGUAUUUAUCAGGGGUCUUUUGUGAGACACUGUAACCACAGCAACCUGACUUUGGGAGAGUUGGUUAACUCCAGUGCCAGACCUAUAAAUGUCAGACCGCACAGUUGCUACCAGCCAAUUUGUUAUGUAUUUAUUUUUCAAAAAUAAAGUCGUUGUAUUGACUGUCCACGCCCUCCUAAAUAUACAGACAUUUAAUAUUUGUCUGAGUGAAGAUAAUGAAAUCAACCCUCAGGAAUGUGUGACUUGAGUUGAAGGAGAGGCUCCAGCCACAAACUCAAAAACAAGAUUUCAGCAUUCCUCUUUACCUUUUCAAAAAAAGUGUGAUAUUGUUUGUGUCAAACACGUGAGGGGACUUGUUUUUGUUGUUGUUGUUCUUCUCUAAGCACAGUUAUUGUUGAGGUUUGACCAAAGAUGAUCUCAGAAGAACUGACAUGGCGUUGUGUUUGGGGAGAUAUAUAAAGCACAAUAGUAAGAUUUAAAAUGCUGUUCCUCUCUCUCUUCUGACAGGUCCUCUCACAGAAGAAUGAGUGUCAUUUUUAGCCUCUAAGCUCACAAAGUCUGUUGAGUGAAACUUUGAUCUGAUUUUCAGAAUGUGGCACUCCGUUUAGUUAGUAUGUAAAUAUGGAUAUAUGUCUAUUCCCCACAAAUUACCUCUCAAUCUUGUCUUUUGCACUACUGUCGUCCAACAUAUUCCUGACACGAUAUGCUGCAAACUGAAGCCUUUACUCUCCCCUGUGAGACUUUCAACAUUUAAUGCUGUUAAAGCAGAAAAAGAAGGCAAUCCAGUCCACCAGCAACUUUCUCUUUCCUUCUUCCUGGUCCAGUCAGGACAUGUGAUUGUUAUUGGAGAGUACCUACAAGUGCCACAGAGCCCGGUGGGAAGAUGUUGGAUGUGGUUGUUUACAAACUCAUGCAAAAAAAUGAAUGUUUUCUGUUGGCUCAAAGUGUUGCUGCUAUUCUUCUACUUUGGGAUGGUAUUCCCUCACUGCUUUACUCCACCCAAGUCAAAGCUACACUAGGUUUCUUUUUGUGUUUCAUGUGCUCCUACUUUGAUUUGAUUUCCUUCCUUUUUACCCAGAAUGAUUUGGAUGUAUGUGUCAUGUUGUCUUGGUAGCUGGUAUUUAUGUUUUGUUUUUUUGUGUCAUUUGUUAGCUCAUGAUUCAAUUUUUUCAAAUAAAUGCAUCAAACAAA